CUGACACCGGAGCCACAAUGGCGGAGCUGCCGGUGUCAGAGACUCCGGGGAACCCUGCUCUGUGCAGUGGGCGCUUCACCAUCAGCACGCUGCUGGGGGGCGAUGAUCCGCCCCCACCAGCUGCCUAUGACAGCAGCCACCUGACCCACGGCAGCACCUUCUACAUGCGCACCUUUGGCUACAACACUCUGGAUGUGGUGCCCGCCUAUGAACACUAUGCCAACAGCGCCCUGCCCGGCGAGGCCCGGAAGGUCCGGCCCACGCUGGCAGACCUGCACUCCUUCCUCAAGGAAGGCAGCCACCUGCACGCCCUGGCCUUUGACAGCCGGCCCAGCCAUGAGAUGACCGAUGGGCUGGUGGAGGAUGAGGCGGGCAACAACGGCGAGAAGAACUCUGGGGAGCCCGUGCGCUUUGGCUGGGUCAAGGGCGUGAUGAUUCGUUGCAUGCUCAAUAUCUGGGGCGUGAUCCUCUACCUGCGGCUCCCCUGGAUUACAGCCCAGGCAGGCAUUGUCUUGACCUGGAUCAUCAUCCUGCUGUCUGUCACGGUGACCUCCAUCACAGGCCUCUCCAUCUCGGCCAUCUCCACCAACGGCAAAGUCAAGUCAGGUGGCACCUACUUCCUCAUCUCCCGGAGUCUUGGCCCAGAGCUAGGGGGCUCCAUCGGCCUCAUCUUUGCUUUUGCCAACGCUGUGGGUGUGGCCAUGCACACCGUGGGCUUUGCCGAGACGGUGCGGGACCUGCUCCAGGAGUACGGCACGCCCAUCGUGGACCCCAUCAACGACAUCCGCAUCAUCGGCGUGGUCACCAUCACCGUGCUGCUGGGCAUCUCCCUGGCUGGCAUGGAGUGGGAGUCCAAGGCCCAGGUACUCUUCUUCCUCGUCAUCAUGGUCUCUUUUGCCAACUACUUGGUGGGGACGCUGAUCCCCCCGUCUGAGGACAAGGCCUCCAAAGGCUUCUUCAGCUACCGGGCUGACAUUUUUGUCCAGAACCUGGUUCCUGACUGGCGGGGCGGGGACGGCACCUUCUUCGGGAUGUUCUCCAUCUUCUUCCCCUCGGCCACCGGCAUCCUGGCAGGGGCCAACAUCUCCGGGGACCUCAAGGACCCUGCUGUAGCCAUCCCCAAGGGAACACUCAUGGCCAUUUUCUGGACCACUGUCUCCUACCUGGCCAUCUCAGCCACCAUCGGCUCCUGUGUGGUUCGCGACGCCUCCGGGGACCUGAACGACACGGUGACCCCGGGCUCGGGUGCCUGCGAGGGGCUGGCCUGCGGCUACGGCUGGAACUUCACGGAGUGCUCCCAGCAGCACAGCUGCCACUAUGGCCUCAUCAACUACUACCAGAGCAUGAGCAUGGUAUCCGGCUUUGCACCCCUGAUCACGGCUGGCAUCUUUGGGGCCACCCUCUCCUCUGCCCUGGCCUGCCUUGUCUCUGCCGCCAAAGUCUUCCAGUGCCUGUGCGAGGACAAGCUGUACCCGCUGAUCGGCUUCUUUGGCAAGGGCUACGGCAAGAACAACGAGCCGGUGCGUGGCUACCUGCUGGCCUAUGCCAUCGCCGUGGCCUUCAUCAUCAUUGCUGAGCUCAACACCAUCGCCCCCAUCAUCUCCAACUUCUUCCUGUGCUCCUACGCCCUCAUCAACUUCAGCUGCUUCCACGCCUCCAUCACCAACUCCCCCGGCUGGAGACCCUCGUUCCGAUACUACAGCAAGUGGGCGGCGCUGUUCGGGGCGGUCAUCUCCGUGGUCAUCAUGUUCCUUCUCACCUGGUGGGCAGCCCUCAUCGCCAUCGGCGUUGUCCUCUUCCUCCUGCUCUAUGUCAUCUACAAGAAGCCAGAGGUAAACUGGGGCUCCUCGGUCCAGGCUGGCUCCUACAACCUGGCCCUGAGCUCCUCGGUGGGCCUCAACGAGGUGGAGGAUCACAUCAAGAACUACCGCCCUCAGUGCCUGGUACUCACGGGGCCCCCCAACUUCCGCCCGGCCCUGGUGGACUUUGUGGGCACCUUCACCCGGAACCUCAGCCUGAUGAUCUGUGGCCACGUGCUCAUCGGACCCCGCAAACAGAGGAUGCCUGAGCUCCAGCUCAUCGCCGACGGGCACACCAAGUGGCUGAACAAGAGGAAGAUCAAGGCCUUCUACUCGGACGUUAUCGCCGAGGACCUCCGCAGCGGCGUCCAGAUUCUCAUGCAGGCUGCAGGUCUCGGGAGAAUGAAGCCCAACAUCCUGGUGGUGGGGUUCAAGAAGAACUGGCAGUCGGCUCACCCUGCCACGGUGGAAGACUACGUCGGCAUUCUGCACGAUGCUUUUGAUUUCAACUACGGGGUGUGUGUCAUGAGGAUGCGGGAGGGUCUCAACAUCUCGAAGAUGAUGCAGGCACACAUUAACCCUGUGUUUGACCCAGUGGAGGACGGCAAGGGAGCCAGCGCCAGUGGGACCAGGCCGUCUGUCUCCUGCACACUGGACCCCGAGGCCCUGGCACGGGAGGAGCAGGCCAGCACCAUCUUCCAGUCAGAGCAGGGCAAGAAGACCAUCGACAUCUACUGGCUAUUCGACGAUGGAGGCCUCACCCUCCUCGUCCCCUAUCUCCUGGGCCGCAAGAAGAGGUGGAGCAAAUGCAAGACCCGCGUGUUCGUGGGGGGCCAGAUCAGCAGGAUGGACCAGGAGAGAAAGGCGAUCAUUUCUCUGCUGAGCAAGUUCCGGCUGGGGUUCCACGAAGUCCAUGUCCUUCCUGACAUCAACCAGAAGCCGCGGGCUGAGCACACCAAGCGGUUUGAGGACAUGAUUGCACCCUUCCGCCUGAAUGAUGGCUUCAAGGACGAGGCCACUGUCACCGAGAUGAGGCGGGACUGCCCCUGGAAGAUCUCAGAUGAGGAGGUUAACAAGAAUAGAGUCAAGUCGCUUCGGCAGGUGAGGCUGAAUGAGAUUCUGCUGGAUUAUUCCCGAGACGCUGCUCUCGUCGUCAUCACCUUGCCCAUAGGGAGGAAGGGGAAGUGCCCGAGCUCGCUGUACAUGGCCUGGCUGGAGACGCUGUCCCAGGACCUCAGACCUCCGGUCAUCUUGAUCCGAGGAAACCAGGAGAACGUACUCACCUUUUACUGCCAGUAACUCCAUGCUUGGCCUUGCCUGCCUGAAGCCAA